AUGAACGUACGCCUUGCAAUACUUGCUCACCGCCAUGUGAUAUACCCACAUCCGACUGCCACCAGAAACUCACCGAAAAAGUGCUUCACGAAGUGCAUCACGAAGCCCGGCGGCGCGCUCUCCGGCUCAGACGAGAAAUGCCUCUCGAACUGCAUGCAGCAAUAUCUCAGUGCAUACGACAUUGUCAAUGCAGCCUAUGUUUCGCGUCUCCGGAAGGAGCGGUUGGACCAGCAGGCAUCGUUGGAACAGCAAUCAUCUCUAUAG